AUGGAUGUGUCCAUUUUCAAUGAUGCUAUUAACUUGUGGGCAUCAUUGAACUUACCAAAGGUUCAAAAGGAUCUCGACGAGAACAUUCUGUCUGUUGAAAACCUGAAGACAGAAUCAUUGGAGUCUCGGAAAUUACUCGCCGGCGAAACGAAGAGGUUCAAGAAAUUAGAAGAUUCAGAGAAAUUGAAUCAGUUUACGAAACUGGUCAAACAGUACCAGAAAGAGGUGGACAGUUUGACAGCCAGGGCGAAAUUCUCCGAAGAUGCACUGUUAGAACUGUAUGCUAAAUUAUCAGAAGCCCCAGAUCCGAAACCGUUGCUGGAAGUUUCAGUAGAUCAAGUUCAAAGUCAGGUUGAGACUUCGGCUUUGAAGACUAAGUUAGCAGAGUUGGAAGAGCGACUAGCGAAAUGCGCCGACUAUGACACCUUAAAAGCGAGGCUGCUCACUAUCGAGCAAAACUCCGCACAGACAUUAGCCAAGAGACUACAGGCAAAAGAAACGGAGAUCAAUUUCGUUUGGGAGGAACGCGAACGGAACUGGUCAGAUCGAGAAAAGGAACUCGCUCGUCAACUGGAGCUCUUGAAGUCUAGCAAUAAGAUUCUGGAGAACAAGAUUGCACAACCCGCUGACGGAUCUGGUACGAGUAUAGCGGAUGCCGAAAAGGUACAUGCUCAACAUGAUAUUCUUUUACAAGAACUGAAUGCCGCACAGGUGAGGAUCAUGGAAUUGCAAGGACGCAAUGAAGAAUUGAGCGGAUCCCUGGCGAAAGCUAACGCUGAGAUGGAAAACGGAUCAGAAUUGAGUUCUAAAAACUCCAAAAUAAGCGCAUUGGAAUCUGAGAAUGCUUUUUUGAGUGCGUCUUUGGAGAGGGAAACCUCCUUAUUGAAAACUCAACUAACGUCGCAGGAGCAAAACGCACGCAUAGUCAAUUCGCAGUUAGCAUCCUUGAAAAGCGAAUCUGAAACGUUGAAAAGAAAGCUCAAUAAUUAUGCUGACUACGAAGAUCUUAAGAAAGAGUUGAUAGCGAUGAAGAAAAUAGAAUUUGGCACCUCUGAUGACGAAGGUGAAGAUGUCGACUCUUCUUUAAAGGCAGCCAAUAAAAAACUACAAUCGAAUCUAGCAGAAUUGAGGGGUCGAAUGCAUGAUGUAGAACAGAAACGAGUUGCCGCUGUGAAGGAAAAUGAGGGUUUGAAAGCACGCACUAAAGAACUAGAAGCUUUAAACUCCAAGCUCGAACUAGAUUUGGAAAAAGUUGACGAUGUCAGCAGAAUGUCAGAUACCGCAAGUAUAAUGUCUGGUGCUACAAGGCAAUUGAACAGAGUUGGCGCUGCUGGCCGUCCUGGAACUGGAAAACUUUCCCCUACCAGUUCUAUAGUAGGCAUUCCGGAGGAUGACGAACCUGUUUUACCUCAGAGCAACUCCUCCAUUCUGCCAAUUGUCACCCAGCAGAGAGACAGAUUCCGCACCAAGAACAUGGAUCUGGAAAGACAGUUGAGAAGCUUUGCAUUAGAGAAAACAAACAUGAAGUCUGAAUUGGCCAAAAUGAAGGCCAACAACGAGCGCUUGUAUGAACGUAUCAGGUUUUUGUCAUCUUAUGAUUCUCAGCAGCGAGGUUCGAGCUUUGACGGCGAAGCUCAAUUCAACAGAUCAUACGAGGAAUCGUUACACCCAUUGGCGGAGUUCAAACAAAGAGAGCUAGACCGCUACAAGAAAAAGCAAAUGACACCUUUAGAAAAGCUGUUCUUGAGUUUUGCUCGGAUCAUUUUAGCAAGCAAGACGAGCCGUAUGCUGUUCAUGUUCUAUUGUUUAGGACUGCAUGGGUUGAUGAUGGCAAUGUGCCUCUAUGUAGCAAGCUUCAGCGGCUAUAUGACGCCCGACGUUGGAGUCGUACAAACGAGCAAAUCAGAAUUGAAGGGACUUGGUAACAUAUGA